GACCCCCGGGAAAAGCUCUCUCUCGUCCAGGUCGAGCGCCCACAUGAGUCCCCCGUCGCCCUCAUCGCUACGACACUAAAGAAAACGGCUUCAACUGAAAAAGAAAACGGCAUAGAUGAAAAUGCAGGGGAAGCUCCUCUAUUAGUGACAGCCGGGGAAGAUUCAAGGCUGUUCAUUUUCCGCCUCGUACGAGUAGGGAAAGUGACCAAACUGGAGCCUGUCGGGUAUUAUCAGUUGCUUGAUAUUCCGGAACGAAUUAAGAUUAAGUCUGACGUGAUUCACGUUGAGACGAGCACAGGCGUGGUGUUCGAGGUGACCGCUGACCUGACCUCGACCUCGCGCCCUUCGCCCGAAUCCUGGCGUCUACACCAUCACUCGAGCCCCCGGGAGGUCUGGCAGACGGAGACCGCUGUUCAGAGGCAACUGCUGGAGGAGGUGACGGAAUCCUACUGCGCUCCUGACGCUGUGGUUCUCGCGGUGCCGUCGCCGGACGGAGAGACCAUCGUAGGCGUGACAUCGAGAGGAGACGUCGUACAUCUCCAUCUCUCUCAAACGACGUCUUACAGCGUCAGACUCGCCCGAAGGCAGCCUUGUACAGCUCCGUCGGUGUCCCACUCCCCGACGCUCGUCCUGCCUCCCGGAGACCCGUGUGACGUGCAAGGUAGGGGUGGCGACGGCGAAGAGGAUGGGAGAGGAGCGUCCGGGCGUCGGGCGGUGGUGGGCGUGAGCGAGGACGGGUCGUGGGCGGCGGCGUGGGUGUCGGGCGGAGACCUCUUCCUGUACAGAGCCCGAGGAGCCUCCUUCCCCCUCCCUCAGGAACUUCCGGCGCAUCUACGCCUAGUGGGCGUGCGUGGCGCGGGUGGGGGCGCGGCCGGACUCAGCCUGGAGCAGAGGGCGCAGAAGGAGGCGGGGGAGAGGCGAAAGACCGCCAUGGAGGAGAGAGCGGCGCUGAUUCAGCAGAAGCUCUCAAAACUCAAGUGGGAUUUCAGGAAAUUAUCUCUUAGAGGUGACGAAAUCGAGGGCGGUAGGCUGCUGUUAGAAGACGUGCCCCUCCACCCCGCCAUCACCACAUCGCUGCAUAAACAUACCACCGAUAACAUGAACAAGGUAGUAGCCGGGAGUAGCAGCGAGUUGGAGCGCCUGGAGGUCCUGCUGGGGAAGCUGAGGACUUUGUAUUCGUGGAGUCCUUUGGUGUCCUCGCUCUCCGUCAAGGCGCUUGGUUCGGACGAAACCCUGUCAAGCAUGGACACGUCCGAACAAGUCUUUGCUCUUCUUGUUCGCCUCGCCCAGCUGCGUCAGAGCAACACGGUGGUGGGGGGAGCGGCUCUGGUGGGGGGGCCUGCAGAGGUGGAAAACGGUCAGGGGGAUCCCGUCGUGCAGAUGUCAAUAAGACGUGAGAUGGACGAAGAGCAUGUAAUGGUCUUGGCUUUCGGCUUUAUUCACUUCAAGGCGAGUGGAUGUGAGCUGGACUCCUGCUGA